CAGGGAGCGCUCUCAUCUGCUGGAUCACUUCCGUUUCGGCAGAGUAGAAGAACAGCAGCAGCAAAGUACCAGUCCUUCCAUCCACGAUCCCUGAUUGUUCCAGUUCAGACAAGCGGCGGCCGUGUCAGUCAGCGAAAUGAACGGGUUGGACGAAGAAUCCUUGGCACCACAAACAUUUUUAUAUGGAUGCACAUUGGAAGCCGGGAAGGAAGUGAUCUUCAGUCCUGAAGACGAUGAGCUGGAGCAUCAGUUAGAUCUCAAAUUGGCCUGUGUUGACCCCAGCACCAAAGAUGAGCUGAACCUGGUGGAGGUGGAAGGACAGAAUGCCGAGGGGCAGAAAAUCAAGGCAGCUCUGGUGUCACUCAAACCCUCCACUCUUCCAAGUGUGUGUCUCGGCGGGUUUACCAUCACCCCCCCAGCGGUGUUCCGUCUGAAGGCGGGUUCUGGUCCGAUCCAUCUCAGCGGGCAGCACCUCGUCAUGAUGGAGACAGAUCAGUCCUUUGAUGAGGAGGAUGAAGAAGAGGAGGAGGAAGAGGAGGAGGUCAAAACAUCAAAGAAGAGACCUGCUUCAUCACCUGCUGCCAAGUCUCAGAAAAAGAUGAAGAUUGAUGUAGAUGAUGAAGAUGAAGACGAUGAGGAUGAUGAAGAUGAGGAUGAGGAAGAUGAAGAUGAGGAGAGUGAGAUUGAAGAAUCUCCUGUUAAGGUCAAACAAACACCAAACAAGCAGAAGGCCCAAACUCAAAACGGAAAGAGUUCUGCACCCAACACCCCUGCCGCCAAGCAGGACAAGACGCCUAAAGGCAAAGGGGCAAAAUCACCCAAGCCCCAGACUCCUAAAGCAAACCUGUCCCUCCCUGAGGUCAAGGCCAAGAUUAUGGAGUCUAUGAAGAAGGGUGUGUCGCUCCCAAAAGUCCAGGGCAAGUUUGAGAACUUCGUAAGAUUUGGACAGAAUGUCACAGACGCCAAGAUGAUCUCAGAGCUGUGGAAGUGGAGACAGACGCUUAAGGAGGACAAAUAACCCACUAGAGUUUUAACUAUUUUAUAACUUGUCUGUAACGCCUCUCAAACCUGUUGAAUCUGUGCCUCCCCUGAAGUUUUUCUCCACCCGUCCAUCUGUGAAGACUUCAUCCAUCAUCGUCAUCUUGAAAAUAUAUUGACUUAUUAAAAUCCUGAGGGAAUGAUAUCAAGUUCUUACAAAUACAAGGUUUUUUUGUAAAUGUAUUCCUUUCAGCUUGACCACCCUGGUAGAAGUCAUGUCCUUUUUUUCUUUACUUUUUUUAUUCUUUUUAAACAAUCUGUAAAAUGUUGGGUUAGGCAUCAACACCUAUGUUCAGAUCAGUCGGUGUUACUAUGGCAAUGGUUGUCCCACAGUCCAAAGGUUUAUAGUGGAGUUUGAGGACUUUAUGCAUGAAGAUGCAAGUGUCGUGUAAUAAUUAGUAGAAUGAGCCGUCCCUCUCAAUGGUUGAGCAUAUCCCGCUCUCCUGAGCGGCUCACUUCCUGUAGGUGCAUGAGGCCUGUUGAAGAGGACCACUUUGUUGAUGACUGAAAACCGCUUUCUUAAAACAAUACAGCUUGAUAUUCAUGCUGAUGCAUUUAUUCAUCUUAUUUUUAGAACUUUUGUUUUUCAAAUCAUUUCAACAAUUCCCCAGUAAAUUGUCCCCAAUACCAUUACUUCCUUUUUCUCUAAUAAAGGUCUGAACUCGA